CUCGAUUGUGUUAGUGUUCAUUCACAACUCUGAAUUGCAAUCUUUCUUAUUAUUAAAAUUAAUAUUUCAUCUUUUUUUCACUCAUCCAAAGAGACAAUGGCUCGCUCCGUUUGCUUCAUGGCAUUUCUGGUCUUGGCAAUGAUGCUCUUUGUUGCCUAUGAGGUGCAAGCUCGGAACAUUUGCAAAGCAAAAAGCAAGACUUUCAAAGGAUUAUGCAUUAUCGACUCGCCAUGCAGAAAAGCUUGCAUCAAGGAGAAGUUUACGGAUGGACAUUGUAGCAAACUCCAAAGAAGGUGCCUAUGCACUAAGCCAUGUGUAUUUGAUAAUAUUUCAAAUGAAGCUGAGAUGACUAUGCCUGAGGAAGCAAAAACUCUGACUGAAGCUUUGCUUGAAGAAGAGAUCAUGAUGGAGUAAUUAAGACAGAUUAAGUAUUAAUGUCACACAAAAUAAUAAAGUGUUGCCUUUCUUAAAGGGUAGCUUAUAAUGUUGUGUUCUUGGCCUCUAGUAGCCGUUAGCACACUGAAUAAGUUGUGACACGUUGACCCGCUUUUAAUCUUGUACGAGGUUCAUGUAUAUUUUAAUGAAAAAUUAUCGUGUACUGUCUUUUAUUGUA